CGUUGCGUGGAGCUAACAGGCAUCUGAGCCUUAGUCUGCAGGCUUUUCCAGCACCUCCUGGUCGUGGAGGGUGUGGGGACGUGCGGAGCGGCCGUGUCCCCAGCUGGCUCGCUCCGACGCCGAGCUGCUCAGCAGAGGCUUUCGCAACCGGCUUCGGCAAAACCCCAGCACCCGAGGCUACGAUUGCUCACAUGUCCUGGCUUCAAGACGGGGCUGGCGCAUGGUGCUUGGGGGGGUGGCUGCUCUCCCCCAGAGCCCUGCUCGCUCGCUGUCCCGCCGUAGCACCUGGGGGGUCCUGGCAGCAAAACCGAUCUGGGAAAGCUGGUCUCGAAAGCACUUGCUGCUCCGGGGACUUGUUGCAUUUCCAUCCAGUGGAAAUCUGCAUUUUUUUCCUCCUCCUUGCUUUGGGUGGGAAGGAGUUAACGGUGGGGAGCAGCAGCAGCUGGCUGAUGCGGGGCAGGGAGCGCAAGGAGCUCGCACCCACCGCUGGCCCGGCUCCCAGCCGGCUCCCAGACAUGUCUGGGGGCUCAGGUGGGUCCCCGGCCCGGCCUCGUGCCCCCGGGGGGACGUGCCCACUGUGAGGGAGGCUGGCGCUCGGCAGAGGAGGGCUUGGCGUGGCCAGCAGCACGGCCACUCCUCCUUCUGCUCCGGUUUGAAGGCUCGGCGCUGGGGAGGAGAGACCGAUGUGAGCACUGCGGGCGCCUCACCGGGGCUGAACUCCUGCCUCUGCCCUCCUCUCCUUCCCCCAGCCCCUCUGUUUCUCUUCGUGAAGCAACUGGGUUCGAUUUCCCUUCCCCAUGGCUCUGCACCGCCUGGGGCUUUUGCUGCUGCUGGCUUCUUGCUGCUCCUCCUCCUCCGAGGCGCAGCUCCUGAACUGGAUCUGGGGCAGCUCGAAAACCACAGGAACCCCCGUGGCACCCAGCACUGGAGCCACCGCGUCCCAGCUGGCAGAGGCAUCGCCCACCCCGAGCACGCCCCCGGGGACGGCAGCACGGCAGCAUGACCCUGCGGCGGGGCACCCGGCCGCCACACAGCAGCACCAGGAGCAGGACCCCAGCACGGCAGUGCCCGCGGGCACCGAGCAGUGGGACAGGAGCUCUGCGGGCAUCACGGUGCCGACGAGCAUCGCGUGGACGGCCGCUCCCCCCAGCAGCACGCCAUCCACCCACGUCCCCACCGAGGCCUCGCGUCCCGCAGGGACGGGGCACCCCGAUGCGACGGAGCCGCCCCGGCAGCCGGAGGGGACAGGGGUGUCCCCGCAGAAGCCGGCGGCUGCCCGCCCAGAGAACCUGAGCACCGAGGUCAGCCUCCUGGAGCUGAUCGGAGACCCCCCGCCAGAGGAGAUCCUCAAAAUCUACGGCCCCGACAACAGCCCCGGCUAUGUCUUUGGACCCAACGCCAACACGGGCCAGGUGGCUCGCUACCACCUGCCCAGCCCCUUCUACCGGGACUUCUCUCUGCUCUUCCACAUCCAGCCCACCACCCCCCGGGCCGGCGUGCUCAUUGCCGUCACGGACUCCUCGCAGAGCAUCAUCUACGUGGGCGUCAAGCUCUCGGACCUGCACGCGGGCAAGCAGCAGAUCAUCUUCUACUACACAGAGCCGGGCUCGCAGAGCUCCUACGCGGCGGCCACCUUCACCGUGCCCACGCUGCUCAACCAGUGGACGCGCUUCGCCAUCAGCGUGGAGGAGGACGAAGUCGUCCUCUACCUGGACUGCGAGGAGUACGAGCGGGUCCGCUUCGAGCGCUCCCCGGAUGAAAUGGAGCUGGAAGAAGGCUCCGGGCUCUUCGUUGCUCAGGCCGGGGGGGCUGACCCGGAUAAAUACCAGGGUGUGAUUGCUGACCUGAAGCUCCGAGGGGACCCACGGGCCGCCGAGCACCAGUGCGAGGAGGAGGAGGACGACGCCGAGGCAUCUGGAGAUUUUGGCAGCGGGGCAGAGGACAGCCGCCAGCCCUCGGGGAAGGACGGGGGCGUCCCGGGGCUGGUGGAUGCUGUCCCCGUCACCUCCCCGCCCGUGGCAGCAGACAGCGGCUUGAGGAGUGGUGCAGGCUCCCCACAGCAGGCAGAGAGGACCAGAGCGGAGGAGAGGCUGCGGGUCCCUGCAGGAGGCCCCAAAGGAGAAAAAGGGGAGAAAGGCGAACGUGGCCUGAAAGGGGACUCGGGGACCGGUGGCGUCCUGGGGACGGGCAGCACCAAGGGCGAGAAGGGGCAAAAAGGUGAACUGGGCACCAAGGGCAGUGCUGGCUUUGGCUAUCCCGGCUCCAAGGGCCAGAAAGGUGAGCCCGGAGAGCCCGGCCCUCCCUCGCGGCACACCGAUGGUGCAGUGCUGGAGCCAGUCACCGGCCCCCCCGGCCCCACCGGCCCCCCGGGGCUGCCGGGGAAGGAAGGGGCCCCUGGCAGGGACGGUGAGCCUGGCGAUCCUGGCGAGGACGGCAAACCUGGCGUGAUGGGGCCCCAGGGGUUCCCCGGCACACCAGGAGAGCCUGGGCUGAAGGGGGAGAAGGGUGACCCCGGUGUGGGGCCAAGGGGCCCCCCAGGACUGCCAGGUCCCCCAGGACCACCGGGACCCUCCUCCAAGCAGGACAGGCUGACGUUCAUCGACAUGGAGGGCUCCGGGUUUGGCGGUGACCUGGAGACCGUGCGGGGCCCGCGGGGGCCACCCGGUCCUCCAGGGCCCCCUGGCGUGCCGGGCUUGCCAGGGGAGCCGGGCCGGUUUGGGAUGAACAGCACAGACCUGCCAGGACCACCGGGGCUGCCCGGCAGAGAUGGGGUCCCCGGGUCCCCGGGGCUGGAGGGUCCUCAAGGUCCUCCUGGAAAAGACGGGAUGCCUGGGCCACCAGGGCCCAAGGGAGAGCGGGGUGACGUGGGUGACCUCGGCCUGCCCGGAGCACCGGGACCCAAGGGCAGCAAGGGAGACACGGGGCCAGUGGGUCCCCCGGGAGAGAUGGGGUUAGCUGGCCUACCCGGGCCCAUCGGACCCCGAGGGCAGCCAGGCCCCCCGGGACCACCGGGGCCACCGGGGCCGGCGUACGAGGCCGGAUUUGCCGACAUGGAGGGCUCGGGGCUGCCACUCGCCGCCGGCUCCCCUGGACCGCGUGGGCCCGAUGGACCUCAGGGCGUGCCAGGACUGCCGGGGAUCAAGGGGGAGGUCGGCAGCCCCGGGCAGCCCGGUGUGCCGGGACCGAAGGGGGACACUGGCAUGCCCGGCGUGGACGGCCGCCCUGGCCUGGAGGGCUUCCCCGGACCGCAGGGACCCAAAGGCGACAGAGGCAGCCCCGGUGAGAAGGGCGAGCGAGGCCAAGAUGGAGUGGGGCUGCCCGGCCCCCCCGGCCUGCCUGGCCCCCCCGGACAGGUCGUCUACGUCUCGGGUGAAGACAGGUCUUUGGCCGCUCUGCCGGGCCCGGAGGGCAGGCCGGGCCACGCCGGCUUCCCGGGCCCGGUGGGACCAAAAGGGGACCAGGGCUCGCCUGGCUUGCAGGGCUCCCCAGGGCUGAAGGGAGAGAAGGGAGAGCCCGGUGUCAUCAUUAGCCCCGACGGGACCAUCGUUGCUGCUAAUGUGAAAGGAGAAAAGGGGGAGCCAGGGCUGCGGGGACCCAUGGGCCCGUCUGGCCCCCACGGACGAGCAGGGCUGAAGGGAGAAAUUGGCUUUCCAGGCAGACCUGGGCGUCCCGGCAUGAACGGGCUGAAGGGCGAGAAGGGCGACCCGGCCGACAUCAGCGGCAUGCUGAGCCUGCGGGGUCCCCCUGGUCCCCCAGGUCCCCCCGGCCCUCCUGGGCCUCCUGGCAGCGUAGUCUAUGACAGCAACAAUGCUUUCAGCGACGCCAGCCGUCCUGCACUGCCGGCCUUCCCAGGUUUCCACCAGUUUCCAGGGCAAAAGGGAGAGAAAGGAGACGUGGGUGCGCCAGGGCCCCCAGGCCAGUUCCCCUACGACCUGAGCCGCUUCGGCGCCAGCCUGCGGGGUGACAAGGGGGAGGCAGGUCCCAAGGGCGAGAAGGGCGAGCCGGGCGGCACCGCACUGUAUGGCCCCAGUGUCAUGGGGCCACCAGGGCCCCAGGGCUACCCGGGCCUGCCGGGUCCCAAGGGGGACAGCAUCGUCGGGCCACCAGGGCCUCCCGGACCACAGGGACCCCCCGGCAUUGGAUACGAGGGGCGUCAGGGCCCUCCUGGCCCUCCUGGACCCCCCGGGCCACCCUCCUUCCCAGGCCCCCACAGACCAGCUAUCAGCAUCCCCGGCCCCCCCGGACCGCCGGGACCCCCUGGACCGCCGGGCACCAGCGGGACGUCCCUGGGGCUGCGCGCCCUGCCCACCUACCAGGCCAUGCUGAGUGCCGCGCACGAGCUGCCCGAGGGGGGGCUCGUCUUCCUGGCCGACCGGCAGGAGCUCUACGUCCGCCUGCGCGGGGGCUUCCGCAGGGUCCUGCUGGAGGAGCACACCCUGGUCCCCAGCUCGGCACUGGACAACGAGGUGUACGACAAGCCGCCCAGCGUCCACUACGGGGGGUCCCAGCACCCCCUCCAGCCCCGCGGGCCCCUGCACCCCCUGCACAACCAUAGCCCCCCGCCCACCGCCCGGUCAUGGCGCGGGGACGAAGUGGUGGCCAACCAGCACCGCCUGCCCCAGCCGCCCCUGCUGCAGCAGCACGAGCUCCUCAACAGCUACUACAUCCAGCGCCGGCCGGAUCCGGCCCCCGUGGCCGCCCACGUGCACCAGGAUUUCCAGCCUGCUCUGCACCUAGUGGCCCUGAACACGCCGCUGAGCGGCGGCAUGCGCGGCAUCCGGGGCGCCGACUUCCAGUGCUUCCAGCAGGCCCGGCAGGUCGGGCUGGCCGGCACCUUCCGCGCCUUCCUCUCCUCCCGCCUGCAGGACCUGUACAGCAUCGUGCGCAGGGCCGACCGUGCCACCGUGCCCAUCGUUAACCUCCGGGACGAGGUGCUCUUCAGUAACUGGGAGGCUCUCUUCACCGGCAGCGAGGCCCCGCUGCGGGCUGAUGCCCGCAUCCUCUCCUUCGAUGGCCGGGACGUCCUGCGGGAUUCGGCAUGGCCGCAGAAGAGCGUCUGGCAUGGCUCGGACGCCAAGGGCCGACGCCUGCCUGAGAGCUACUGCGAGGCGUGGCGGACGGAGGAGCGCGGCACCAGCGGGCAGGCCUCCUCGCUGAGCUCGGGCAAGCUCCUGGAGCAGGCGGCCAGCAGUUGCCAGCACGCCUUCAUCGUCCUCUGCAUCGAGAACAGCUUCAUGACCGCUGCCAAAAAAUGACCCUGCUCGCCGAGCGCUGCACGCCUCCCUGGGGAGGGGCUGCUCCCCGCCACGCUCCUGCCUUCACCCCCCAGACCUAAAGCCAAAG